AUGGCGUCAGAGAACAAUAGUUUUGUCCAACCAACAAUCCCUCACUUUGAUGGUCACUAUGACCAUUGGAGCAUGCUUAUGGAGAACUUUCUACGAUCUAAAGAGUACUGGGGUCUUAUAGAGAAUGGGAUUACUAAACUAGUAGAAAGUAUAGUUCUGAUUGAUGCACAGACAAAGGUACUCGACGACCAAAAGCUGAAGGAUUUGAAGGCAAAGAAUUACACGUUCCAUGCAAUAGAUCGUGCCAUCUUGGAAACCAUCCUCGAGAAGGACAUUGCCAAAGAGAUUUGGGACUCCAUGAAAAAAGAAAUAUCAAGGCACGACAAGGGUCAAACAUGCACAACUUCAAGCUCUUCGCAAAGAGGUUGA